AUGUUGCGGCCAUGGAUAAACACAAGACUUUUGUACGUGAAGAUUCAUUAUUUUCUCAUCUUUGCAGUGUGCCUUCAACCACCGGAGAAGUGUUUCGUUUCGUGCCCAACGAAUUCCACCGAAUUCAGCGAAAUCGAUGUGAGCUACAUUUUUCAGAACACCUCCACCGUUUGCCACACUCUCUGGAAUGGUACGUCUGGUUACCACCGCAGCACCUGUCAGUUCAAGUGUCCUUGCACAGCAGGUUCGAUAGAUCAACGAGUUGUGUGGUUCUAUGCCGUGUUUUACGCGCUAGGGUCGUUGUGUUCGGUGGCUGUUGUGAUCAUCUCGGACGCCGGCGUUUCUGAGAUACUGGCUGAAAAUGUGAGGGACUUCGGAAGGCAGCGAGCGGGAGGGGCGAUAGGCAUGGGAGCCGCUGGUCCUAUCGUGGGAGCCUUAAUUGAUGCAGCCAACCGAUGGACGGGAGGACGAUCAGGUUACCUUCCAAGCUACUUUGUCUAUGCACUGGUCAUUAUCCUGGACAGUGUCCUUCUCUGUUGCAUACCCACACUUAGGAUGCCCAAGCUGUCGGCCAACUUUUUCAAGGACAUUUAUGGUGUGUUCAUCAAUGUCGAACUUGCCGUAUUCGCCUUUUGGACAUGCGUUCUCGGAGCCCUUUUUUCAAUCUACAUGUCAUACAACACGUGGUUUUUGGAGGACAUAGGAGCGUCUAAACUGAUAAUCGGAUUAAUAUCCGCAGUCAGUUGCAUAUGCGUAGAAGUGCCCUUCUAUUCUGUGUCCGGUUGGAUUCUGAAAAAAACGCGCUAUUAUCCCUCGUACAUAUUUACGUUCUUGAUCUUCGGGGUGAGGUACAUUGGCUCUGCCUUUCUCUACAACCCGUGGUUCGCGCUUCUCGUCGAACCCAUCACCGGGGCUGCACAUCCGCUUGUAAAACCCGCCAUGACUGUGUUCGCUAAAGAGGUGGCGCCUGAAGGUACCGCGGCGUCCGUCUUGUGCGUCCUCAACGUUUGCGAAGGAGCCAUCGGUGAAAUAUUAACGUAG